UUGUCCAACUUCAGUUGAUAUAUUUAGGGUUCUUUUUUACCUGCAGCGCGUUGUAGAAUUUGGGGCAAAUGUAUCGUUUUCUCCAUCGAUGCUGCUUCCGCUUAUCAAUCCCACUCGAUCGGUCAUGCGCGGCACCUCUGCGCCUCCUCCACGACAAGGUUUAUAAAACCCUAAAUCCCUCUGUUUCAGACGCCACAGUUUCGUACCUCGUCGGAUCAUGCGGGCUAUCACCGGCGGCUGCCCUCUCCGUCACCAAGAAGCUCACCCUGAAAGCCACCGAUGCAGCCGAUUCCUUCCUUUCCCUUCUCAAAUCUUAUACCUUUACGCAGCCCCAGAUUGCUUAUAUCGUCACCACCCACCCGGAGCUGCUGACCUACAACUCCGAGAAGAAAAUCAAGCCCAAGCUGGAGUUUUUUCUCGACGUCGGCUAUUCCAACUCCGACAUCGUUAAUAUCGUCACAAAUAAUCCCCAAAUCCUGUGUUUUAGCUUGGAAAACAGGCUCAGGCCCAACUUUCAUAUGCUCAAGAGCAUCUUCAACGUGGACCGGGGAUUCACCAUCACCAUUUUGAACGCUUCCCAAUUGCUCGGCCUUAGAUUGGAAGGUUUUAUUCUGCCUAACAUGAAGACCUUACGAGAUAUCGGAGUUCCUCGGCACAAUGUCAUGAAAUUUGUCACGCGUUAUCCCAGAGCUUUGACAAAGAGCUCUUCACAUUUCAACAAAGAUGUUGCCUUGCUUAAGCAAAUAGGAUUUGAUGUCUCUCUCCCUAUGUUUAUUGUGGGAAUGAAUGCUCUCUCUAUAGUACCUCAGUCUUCGUGGGACAAGAAGUUGGAGCUCUACCGGAGCUUUGGAUGGUCCAAGGAGGAUACUUUAACUGCGUUCAGGAAGUAUCCUUAUUGCAUGUCUCUAUCUGAUGAGAAGAUCAAACGCCAUAUGACUUUCUUUGUUGAGAAGCUAAAAUUUGAUCCCAUUUAUGUGGCGAAAAGACCAAAUUGCCUUGCUUUUAGUUUUGAGAAGAGAAUUUCCCCGAGGUAUAAGAUAUUCUGCCUGUUAGAAUCCAAAGGAUUGCCGAAAGGGACUAAGGAUUUUGCAUCUUUCUUGUAUAUACCUGAGAAGGAAUUUGUGAAAAAAUAUAUCAUCAAGCAUGCGGACCGAGUACCAGAGUUACUUAAAGUUUAUGAAGACAAUUUGGGGGUAUUUGGAUGUAAGGAAGAGCACUGAAUGCUGCAAUAAAAUUUGUUAUGCGUUUGAUAAUCUCGAUUCUCAAUGCUUAUUAUUUUCACAUAAUUUACUAUCUCUACAACUGUGGCUACUUAGUUGCUUGAAGUUUUGUUACUGAGAAGAUCUUUGAUUAAUUUGUUCAUUUAUA